AUGAUGAGUGCAUGCGCUUAUUGUCAGGGAUCCUUGGUAACUCGAUGGAGUGACUGGAUAAUCAAUUGUCCGUCUGGGCAAGUCUCUAAUGGACAGUAUCCUCAUGCCAUCCCUGAUGGUACAGCUAUACCCGCUUGGGCUUUCACAACUAUUUCAGACCGCUGGGAUUUCACGAGUGCACGCGCAAUCGCGAACAGUAACGCUCCUGAUUCUUCCGCCGCUGGAGGACCGACGUCUGUAUUCGCGAGUACACCCACAAACACCAACGGAAGCGGGAAUAACAAUUCAAAGCCUGACAAUGGAAAAGUCAAUGUUGGCGCAAUUGUCGGAGGCGUUGUCGGCGGCCUGAUAGGACUGAUACUUCUGUCGGUUGGAGGGUACCUUCUCUAUGCCCACUAUAACCACCGUUCCAGGCCGACGUCAAUACGGCCUGUGCUUUCACCCACACCCCCGCCGGUGCUGGAUGAAAAGUUGACUUAUCCGUUGACUCACUCGUUCGUCUCAUCAUCUCCGCCUCUCCGAUUAUAUAAUCCCGAAGACCCUUCUACCUAUCCAGGUGCGAACCUUCAGCCUUUGUUAUAUUCAAAUCAACCGGCGCAAUCAAACACGUCUUGA